UCGCUUCCUCUGCGAUUAUUGAUAGCGACAUGGCGGUAACUCCUGCAGGGAUGGCGGUGGAUGUUCAGGCACGAUUUGGGCAUUCGGUGAAAGGACUGCUGACCGAGAAGGUGGCCAACUGCGGUACGGAUAUAAUCGCUCUCACUAAACAGGUGCUCAAGGGCUCGCGGAGCGCCGAGUUCCUAGGACAGGCUGCCAGAAAUAUGGUGAUGCAAGAGGGUGCCAUUCUGCAUUCUGAAGAUAGUUUAAGAAAAAUGGCUAUUAUAACUACUCACCUACAGUACCAGCAAGAAGCUAUUCAAAAAAACGUUGAACAGUCUUCAAAUUUGCGUGAUCAGCUGAGCCAUCUGCUAAAAUGAAGAGAAGAGUUUGUAAGAGGUAACAAACAGUUGGAAAAGAGUAGAAGAAAAUACACAGUGGGGGUUUACAGAAUACCUUUCCCUGUUCUACAGAUGCACUAUAAGACUGAGUCAGAAGUUAUCUCCCAGAUGUAAUGCCCCAUCUGAUCUGGAAAUGUGGACAAUUUUUAAAUUACAAAUGCUACCUUUAUACUGUAAGAGGGUAGGUGCAUCAGUGUAUUAAAUGACAGUUUCUCUGUGUUGAUGCCAGUUUCUCUUUAGCAGCACUGAUUUCUUUAAGAAUUCAUAUCAUUCUAAAUAAUCAAAUACAUCUUUUUCUGGUUUUGAGUACUUCAAGAGAUGAAUUUUUCCUCCUUUCAGACUUUUUGAAAACUCAUAAAUUUAUAGUGCAAAUGCUUGAUCACUGAUCGUAAAAAACAUAUAGAUAGUUCUCAACUUACAAUUGUUUGUUUAGUAACAAUCCAAAACUACAAUGGCCUUGGAAAAAGUUACUUGGGACUGUACUUGCACUUACAACCAUCGCACCACCUCAUGAUCACAAUUGCAAUGCUGGCAUUUUGCAGCUGGCUUGUAUAUACAACCAUUAGCAGCAUUCUGCACGAUCAUGCUUUGCAACCUUUUUUUUUGUUGAUUUUUGACAAAAAUUGCCCAUUGGGAAUGCUGAAUUUGCUUAACAAUCGUGUGAUUUGCUUAAUGACCACCAUAAAAAUUGUUGUAAAACUGAGUCUGGCUGAAUUUAUGAUCACAACCACUUAUGACAGAAGUUCUGGCCCCAAUUUUGGUUGUAAGUUGGCGACUAUCUGUACAUGUCUAGUUGAAAUUCCUGCAUUUAUUAUUUACAUCUAUAAUAUUGGUGGAUUUAUACUGGUUGUGAUGGUUUUGGCAACUGUGCCUUUGUUGGUAAUUCAACAAGCUAGUUAAAGCCUCGUUUAAUGUGGGAACUUAGCCAUUUUCUUGAGAAGGAUAACUCUUUGGGCAUACUAUCUUUAAUUCAUACGUAAAAUGUUUUCCAUUGAUGUAAAAAAAUGUUUAUCCUAACCUAUACAGUGCUGGUAGAGAAUUAAACUGUGCAGGAUUUCUGGCAGCCACUAUGUGUAUAUAAUUUUUUGAUUUAAUAAUUCCAUCAUUGCUAAGAGGCCAGAGUGGUAGAGGAGAGUGGUGCUAUUUAACAAUUGCACUUCCUAAAUAUUUUUCUUUUCUGUCCUGCAAAAUCUGUUCACUGACAUUCUGAGGAGCUCAGAGUGAAUAUCUAACUUCAAAGAAAGUACAUGUUUUCAAGGUCUGGACUCUUUGUUUCUUCCAAUCUUAUCUUAAGUUAAUGAGGACACAGUCUGCUUGAGUAGAAACCUGGGAAUUUACUUACUUAGAUUUGCUUUAAAUUCCUAAUUUAAGCAAGUUUCUUUUUAAAAAAGGCAUGUUUUGUUCUGUAACAAUGCUUACAUUUAGAGUAUAAUCUUGUACAUAGCAAUAAAUAUAUAAGCAUAAUUUU